UUUUGUUGAUUUCUUCUCAAAAGUAUCUGUUUUGAUGUUAUGCAGUCAAGCAGAUUUGUUAAUUGCUCAAUUUUGUUGCAAUUUUUGAGUAAUUUAGAUCGAAUAUCGAAUGACUAUUUGUUACUGAUUAGUCCAAGUAUGAUGGUCGUUUAAUCUGUUAGAUUUUAUAGGUUUUUUUGAAAGAAUUUUCAGUUUCCUAAGUCGUAGCUAGUUUCAGUUGUCUUCUUUGAUUUGUUUUAGGUUUUCAAUCUAUUAAAAUGGGUCUGUUUCAGUCUUUCAGAGAGAGUAAAUUAAUGGUGUUUUCGAUUAAAGAAACUUCGUAAUUAAUAUCACUAAGUUGUAUGGAUUUUCUGUUUUAAGGUCGUUUAACUAGAUAAUUUGCUAAAAUUGAAUGUAAAAGAUAGAAACAGAAAAGGAAAAAAAAUUAUAUUGAUUCCAGUAGCUUUGAACUGUUCUGUAAAUUAAACAAUAAGAAGGUGAUGUUCAUUUAUUGUUAUUACUUUUUAAGUGUGCACUCCAUCAGUGGAUGGGUUUGCUUGUUGAGUGUUAACAGAAUCAAAAAAUUACAGUGAAUUAUUUAUUUGGAAUUUUGCUACUGUUUUGUAGUUUUAUCCAAAACAGAAAAAGAUGGCCCUUUGGCAUAGUUUGGAUGACAUUUCAUGUUUUCUAGCAGUUUUAUGUAGCUGAAUGGUAAGAAGAUGAUGGUUUGAAGAGUCCAUUGAGUUCUUUGGAAUUUGGUUGGCAAGAAAUGCGCUGAGUGUUGAGAGUGUGAUUCAUAAGUGAAUUAUAUUUAAAAUUAGCAUAUAUUGUUUAGCAAACCAAAUGGAGGAUGAUAAUGGGCUUGACCUCACCUUAUCCUUACCUUGUGGCGGCCCAUCUGCUAAGGGUAAGAAUGGCAGUGGUUCGGAGGUGAGAGUGGAGGAAGCUGAUAGGGGUAGCAAAUUGAUUGAUGAUUUCAAGAACUUUCUUGAUGGUAGUAAUCAUAAGGAAGAGUCCAAUGUGGGUUCUCAGAGAAGUAAUCAGUCAAAACCAGAGGAAAAUCUCUUCUAUGACCUUUCAAAGGGAACUGCAAAUGUGGAUUCCUCCUCAAACAUAAACAGUGGAGGAUUCUGGGGUAAAAAUGAUGGUAGAUCAACUGAAAUUCUAGAAGACAGGAGACAGGAGGCAGGUAGCAAGCGUAAAAAUAUGUUUGAUGAAAUAAACCAUCAGAAACGACAGGAGAGAGAAGCUUAUCUGUCUGGUUUGCAUGUCAAGGCAAGGACACCACACGUCUCCAUAACCACAGAUGAAGGUUCAACAGCUGAAAAUGAGGACGUUGCGGAUUCCGAAGCCGAUGCUUCGACCUCAAAGCUUGUUCAGCACCGUGACGAUGCCUCAAAAAGACACACUGGGAGUGUUGGUUUAUCCGAGGGGGCUAAGGAAGUUCGUGGGGUUUCUGAUUCCAGUGGUGUAGACUUGCAAGCACAACGGAGAUUUACCAUUUCGUCAGAGAAAGAGUUUAAAGUUGGGCAUGUGCCGCAUGGUGUGCCGUUUUCAGGCUACACGUUACCUGGUUCUAUUCCAGUCAUGGCUCCUACAAGUAACGAUAGGCCAGGAACUCAGCAGCCUGUAAUUCCUGCAAACUUGCCAUUGAUGUUUGGUUACUCUCCUGUGCAGGUGCCUACAGUAGAGGCAGGUAAGUCUGAGGGUCUUGUUUCUCAUUCAUCUCAGUAUCACCCUUCCUAUUUUGGCAGGGGUCCACCAAACUCGAAUAGGCAAAAUGAUGGAGUGAAGAUAACCCAAGCUACCACUCCAGUAAAUGGACCGAAUCCAUUCGAGAGGGCAAAGGGCGAUGAUAAACAUGCCAAAGAAGAAGGGACGUCUAUGCAUACAGAAGUUGACACGAAGGGUACCAAUGGAAUUGAUCAGGCAAGGGUAGAAGGGCUUCCUUCCGAAUAUCCAGCCAUAAGGCCUGGUAUAGCCGCAGAACUGAAAUUUGGUGGAAGUGGAUCGUCUCCAAAUCUACCAUGGGUUUCCACAACGGGUCCUGGUCCUAAUGGCAAGACGAUUUCGGGUGUUACUUACCGAUACAGUGGGACCCAGAUCCGAAUUGUUUGUGCUUGCCAUGGGUCCCACAUGUCACCCGAGGAAUUCGUUCAGCAUGCAAGUGAAGAACAACCCAACCCAAAUGGCGGUGGCGGUGGCUCUGGUUUGCCAUCGUUUCCCAAUAGCAACCCGGCUGCAUCUGCUCAGAAUUGAUUCCGCUUUAACACGGUAAUACCAAUUCUUUUCUCUAGCAGUUUAGGCUAAUAAAAGUGGCAUCUGAUGCGAAAACUAACUGCUUAUGAUUUUGUCACUGUGUGAUAAAUACUAUUUAUCUCUUUAUGUUAUAUAUAUGCAUAGAUUAUCUAUCGAUAGUUAUGUAUAUAGGAAGUUGUAUGUAAUGUAUUUGCAUUGUAGUAUGUAUGGGUAACAAUAAUUUGAGAAAUGAAGUCAUUGUAGUUUGUUAAAAA